ACCGUAGUUUAAAAAAAAAAGUGUCGUCACCAAGAGCAAUUUCCAUGUUAGCUUUUUUAAUUGUUGUUAGAUGUUUAACACCCUGGAACUCAAAAUAAGAUUAAUUUAACCGCAUAGCAUCACAUGCUUACUCCAGCUAUUCUUUAAAUUUCAUUGGAGACAGGACUUGGAUGUGAACUAGGUAACGCUAGCUAGCUGCUAACGUUAGCUAAAAAUGGCUAACUGUAUGGCUUUUCACAGUCAAAUGGCAUCCAUCAUGGAGGUGCUAGCGAAUGCAGCCGUGGCAGAGAUCUGUAAACUCGUAGAUGACGACUAUGCAGUGUUUCGUUUGGAAAUAACUCAAAGCCAGAAAGAAAACAAGGCAUUGCGGAGGAAACUACAGCAACUAGAAAUUAAGGUGGCACGGGACCGCGCAGAGAGGACAAUGCGAGAGCGCGUCCUCGCCAGUCCCAGUGGUGUCAAGAUCCUCGACCGAUACAGAGGAAAGGCAAAAGGUGAAGGACAUCACACUGGAGGCCACAGGAACUUUGUGAAGCCAGCAGGACACAAUACAUGGAGAGAUGACCAACCAAUCACUGUUGAUGAGGGGAUGGGAAACACAACCCAUCAUGUUAUAGAGUCUGCAGAGGCUGAAGGUCCUGGGGUCAAGCAGGAAAAGUCUGAAGGAGAGGUGGACCCACGGCACAGUAGAAACAUCCAGACUGGAGCGGCUGGAGCGCCCCCAGUAGCCACGGAGAACCCCACCACCGCCCAAGAGCAGUCCAGGACCCGACGCAGCAUCAUGGUCAGUGGAACGCUGAACGCCAUCCUCAAGUCAGAGACAGAUACAGACACCAAGACCUUAACGGGGCUGAACCGACUGGGCUGUCCUCCUGCUCCACGCUCAGAGUAUUUACUUUAUGGCAACACAAGCCCGAGAACUGUUCUGUCCCAUCGGGACUCAGGUGACACUUUACAGACUGUCAAUGACCCAUCCUGUUCAUACACUACAGAGAUGAUACCUGGUGACAUGCCUGUGGUAUUAGAUGCACAGACUAAUCCAAUGAAAGUGGACUGGAACCAGUACAGUAGUAGUGGAUACUCUGAAGGGUGCCAAGAUAAGAAAGGGGAGAGCCUGGUCGUAGAUGAGGUGACUGUGAAAGUAGAGGGCGACGUUUCUCUGACAUGGAAUGCAUACGAAAAUCACUUAGGAGAAGGACACUCACAAGGCAACACCAUUGACUUCUUAGACUACAGGGAAAGCAUAGAGACAAAUCUAAAUGUCAUGACCCACUCCCCUUUACACACGUUUACACACGAUCCAUUAUCCAUGUCGAUGGGGCCCUCCGAUUCACACAGGGAACAAAUGGCCAAGGCGCGGGGAGAGGGAGCCACAUCGGGCAAUGGUAAAGAGAAACGGUUCCUUUGCAUGUUCUGUAACAAAGGCUUCAGCUGCCCCCAGAAGGUGGACAUCCACCAGAGGGUCCACACAGGGGUGAAACCCUUCAGCUGUACCCAGUGCCACAUGCGCUUUGCCCAGGCAUGCACCCUGAAGAGGCACCAGAGGGUCCACACAGGGGAGAAACCCUUCAGCUGUACCCAGUGCCACAUGCGCUUUGCCCAGGCUGGUGACCUGAAGAGGCACCAGAGGGUCCACACGGGAGAGAGGCCUUUCGCCUGUGCACACUGUGGGAAGAGGUUCUCAGAGAAGAGCUACCUCAGGUUACACCAGCAGAAAAAACACUCCACUCUAACAAACACUUUUAUAUCAAAAGACAAAGAUUAAUUUUAGUUGUCAUCAGAAAAUAUCCACAGAUGCAUUUGGAUAUUCCUGGGUAGAAUAUUAUAUCCAGAUAUUGUGUGAUAUAUAAGGCAUAGUGUGUAUAUACAGUGCCUACAGUGCAUUUGGAAGGUAUUCAGACCCCUUGACUUUUUCCACAUUUUGUUACGUUACAGCCUUAUUCUAAAAUUGGUUAAAUUGUUGUUUUCCCUCAAUCUACACACAAUACCCCACAAUGACAAAGCAAAAACAGGUUUAUAAAUGUUUGUAUAUGUAUUAAAAAUCAACAGAAAUUUCACAUUUACAUAAGUAUUCAGACCCUUUUUACUCAGUACUUUGUUGAACACCUUUGGCAGAAAUUACAGCCUCAAGUCUUCUUGGGUAUGACUCUACAAGCUUGGCACACCUGUAUUUGGGGAGUUUCUCAGAUUCUUCUCUGCAGAUCCACUCAAGCUCUGUCAGGUUGGAUGGGGAGCGUCGCUGCACAGCUAUUUUCAGGUCUCCAGAGAUGUUCGACGGGUUCAAGUCCGGGCACUGGCUGGGCCACUCAAUGACAUUCAGAGACUUGUCCUGAAGCCACUCCUGCGUUGUCUUGGCUGUGUGCUUAGGGUCAUUGUCCUGUUGGAAUGUGAACCGUCACCCGAGUCUGAGGUCCUGAGUGCUCUGGAGCAGGUUUUCAUCAUCUCUGUACUUUUCUCUUUUCAUCAUUCCCCCGAUCCUGACUAGUCUCCCAGUCCCUGCUGCUGAAAAAUGCUGCCAGGUUUCCUCCAGAUGUGACACUUGGCAUUCAGGACAAAGAGUUCAAUCUUGGUUUCAUCAGACCAGAAAAUCUUGUAUCUCAUGGUGUGAGAGUCCAUUCGAUGCUUUUUGGAAACUCCAAGUGGGCUGUCAUGUGCCUUUUACUAAGGAGUGGCUUCCUUCUGGUCACUCUACCAUAAAGGCCUGAUUGGUGGAUUUCUGCAGGGAUGGUUGUCCUUUUGGAAGGUUAUCCCAUCUCCACAGAGGAACUCUGUCAGAGUGACCAUCAGGUUCUUGGUCACCUCCCUGAUGAAGGCCCUUCUCCACCGAUUGCUCAGUUUGGCCAGGCGGCCAACUCUAGGAAGAGUCUUGGUGGUUCCAAACUUCUACCAUUUAAGAAUGAUGGAGGCCACUGUGUUCUUGGGGACCUUCAAUGCUGCAGACAUUUUUUUGGUACCCUUCCCCAGAUCUGUGCCUCGACACAAUCCUGUCUCGGAGCUCUACGGCCAAUUCCUUCGACCUCAUGGAAUGGUUUUCGCUCUGACAUGCACUGUCAACUGUGGGACCUUACAGUCGUAUGAAAAAGUUUGGGCACCCCUGACAAUUUCCAUGAUUUCCAUUUAUAAAUAAUUGGGUGUUUGGAUCAGCAAUUUCAUUUUGAUUAAAUAACUGAUGGACAUAGUAAUAUUUCUGUAGUGAAAUUAGGUUUAUUGGAUUAACAGAAAAUGGGCAAUAUGUAUCAAAACAAAAUUAAAAUAACAGCCUCUAGAUGCUUCCCAUAGCCUCUAAUGAGUGUCUGGAUUCUGGAUGAAGGUAUUUUGGACCAUUCCUCCUUACAAAACAUCUCCAGUUCAGUUAGUUUUGAUGGUUGCAGAGCAUGGACAGCCCACUUCAAAUCAUCCCACAGAUUCUCAAUGAUAUUCAGGUCUGGGGACUGGGAUGGCCAUUCCAGAACAUUGUACUUGUUCCUCUGCAUAAAUGCCCGGGUAGAUUUUGAGCAGUGUUUUGGGUCGUUGUCUUGUUGAAAUAUCCAGCCCUGGUGUAACUUCAACUUUGUGACUGAUUCUUCAACAUUAUUCCCAAGAAUUUGCUGAUAUUGAGUAGGAAGGAUCCAUGUGACCCUCAACUUUAACAAGAUUCCCAGUAUCGGCACUGGCCACACAGCCCCACAGCAUGAUGGAACCCCCACCAAAUUUUACUGUGGGUAGCAAGUGUUUUUCUUGGAACGUUGUGUUCUUUUGCCGCCAUGCAUAACGUCCCUUGUUAUGACCAAAUAACUCAAUCUUUGUUUCAUCAGUCCACAGCACCUUAUUUCAAAAUGAAGCUGGCUUGUCCAAAUGUGUGUUUGCAUACCUCAAGCGACUCUGUUUGUGGCGUGUGUGCAGAAAAGGCUUCUUCCGCAUCACUCUCCCAUACAGCUUCUCCUUGUGCAAAGUGCGCUGAAUUGUUGAACGAUGCACAGUGACACCAUCUGCAGCAGGAUGAUGUUGUAGGUCUUUGGAGGUGGUCUGUGGGCUGUUUAUGACCGUUCUCACCACCCUUCGCCUUUGCCUUUCCGACAUUUUACUUUGCCUGCCACUUCUGGCCUUAACAAGAACUGUGCCCGUGGUCUUCCAUUUCCUCACAGUGGACACUGACAGCCUAAAUCUCUGUGAUAGCUUUUUGUAGCCAUCCUCGAAACCAUAAUGUUGAACAAUCUUUGUUUUCAGGUCAUUUGAGAGUUGUUUUGAGGCCCCCAUUAAUGGCAUGCCACUGUGAUCAUUUUUUGUGACGACAGAGUAAAUUAUUAUGCAGCCUCAGAGGGGUGCCCAAACUUUUUCAUACGACUGUAUGUAGACAGGCGUGUGCCUUUCCAAAUCAUGCCCAAUCAAUUGAAUUUACCACAGGUCGACUCCAAUCAAGUUGUAGAAACAUCUCAAGGAUGAUCAAUGGAAACAGGAUGCAACUGAGCUCAAUUUCGAGUCUCAUAGCAAAGGGUCUGAAUACUUGUGUAAAUAAGGUAUUUUUUUAUUUUAAUACAUUUGCAAUAAUUAAAAAAAACGUUUUUCGCUUCAUCAUUAUGGAGUAUUGAGGAUUUUCUUUUUUAUUUGAACCAUUUUAGAAUAAGGCUGUGAGGUAACGAUGUGUAAAGUCAAGGGGUCUGAAUACUUUCCAAAGGCACUGUAGCUCCUUUCAUAUUUGUUUUGAUCCUGACCAGUGGUGGAAAAAGUAAAGAUACUGUCAUAGAAAAUGACUCAAGUAAAAUUGAGUCACCCAGUAAAAUAAUACUUGAGUAAAAGUCUAAAAGUAUUUGGUUUUAAAUGUACUUAAGUAUCAAAAGUAAAAGUGUUAAUUUAUAAUUUACACAUUGUUGUUUAUUUAUUUAUAGGGAGACGGGCUUACUACAAACAAAGCAUUUGUGUUUAGUGAGUGCGCCCGAUCACUGGCAUUAGGGAUGACCAGGGAUGUUCUCUUGAUAAGUGUGAAUUGGACCAUUUUCCUGUCAAAAUGUAACAAGUACUUUUGGGUGUUAAGGAAAAUGUAUGGAGUAAAAAGUACAUAAUUUUCUUUACAAUUGUAGUAAAAGUUACCCCAAAAAACUACUUAAGUAGUACUUUAAAGUAUUUUUACUUAAGUACUUUACACCACUGAUCCUGACAAACUCCCCAGUCCCUACCAAGGACAAGCAUACCCAUAACAUGAUGCUGCCACCACAAUACUUAAAUAGAGAGGGCUUCACUCUGUUGUAUUGGAUUUGAGACAACCCUCUUUUUUAAAAUUCAGGCCAAAAAUGUAAUGUAAGUGCAAUGUUGUUGAUCUCUUUGUAUUCAAGUAUUGUGAUGGCAGCAUCAUGUUAUGGUUAUGUCACCGGCAGGGACUAGGGAAUUUGUGAUAAAAAAAGGAAUAUGAAACGAGCAAAGAAACUCACCUCAGUCUUCUGAAAACCCUGGGAUAGGGUUUUAUUUUUCUGUGGGACAAUUACACAGAGGUGUUGAGAGUUCCUGAGUGAUCUAGUCUCAGUAGUGACUUAAAUCAGCUUUUAAAAAAUCGGAGACAAGGUUUGAAUAUGGCUGUCCAAUGAUUCCCAAUUUUGACAACAAUGGAUAUAGUGUUGUGCGAAGUCGGUAGAAUCUUAUUCCAAGUUAUUCACAGCUAUAAUUGCAGCCAAAAUGUGCUUCCACUAAGUAUUAACUGAUGGGGGUGGAGACUUAUCCAUUUUUUUCUUGAUUUGGUAAAUGUUUUAUAACUUUCUUUUACUUGAACAUUUGGAGAAGGUUGUGUAGAUCUGCAGGAAAAUGUAAUUUAAUUCCUUUUUAUAUUUAAUUUUGAGGCAGCAAAAUGUGAAAAGAAGUUAAAGGUGGUGUUGACUUUCGAUAUGCACUGUACGCCUAAAAAGUCUGUUACAUAUUGUGUUUGUACUCUGUAGGCUAUAAUGAUGUUCACAAAUGCCUUUUAUUACUUCCGUUCAACUACUUGUUUUUUCCCCCCAGGACACCUUUUAUUGAAAACAUUUAUGCAGUUUAUCAUGCAGAUUUGUAGUAAAGACAUAUAUGUGUCGUUUUCAAAUGGUCUGUUUAAAACUUGUUUAUGUUUAAUAAACACAAAAUGGGACUUAAUUCAAA